AACACCUAUGCUGCAGUCUCAAAUAGAGAUAAUCCCAGACUUAAAGAAUGGAUCUCGAAUACAUAUAUGAUUUGCGUGAUUCGUUGCCUGAAUCAGUGACGCUACGGUUGGUCACUACAGUUGUUUCUGGAGCAAUUUCAUUUUAUGCAGCAUUGCGAGUAGUUUAUCUGUUAUAUUUUCACCCGCUUGCGAAGUUCCCCGGGCCGCGGCUUGCUGCUGUCUCCAAUUCGUGGUAUAGCUAUCAAUGGCUCUCCGGAAGAUAUCCAUGGGCCCUUGAGAAAGCACUUCAGAAGUAUGGCGACAUAGUGCGCGUCGCGCCUAAUGAGCUUGCUUUUAUAACUCCAAAAGCAUUCACGGAUAUCUUCACUCCACAUCACAGAUACCUGGAGGACUUCAGAAAGUCAGACUUCCAUAAUCGUGGCGAUGAUGUCGCGGGCUUUGGGUUUGAGGAAGAUCCAGUCAAACAUCAGAAGAUGGCCAAGAAAAUAUCGCCAGCUUUCAGCAUGCGAUCGACAUCGGCAAUGUUUCCACUGGUAGACUCCCACAUUGACUUUUUCAUCCAAAGGAUGAAGGAAGUAGGCCGAGAUGCUGCGGGAGUCGGACUGUUUGACUGGACCAACUGGUUUUGCAUGGAUUUGGCUGGAGAGCUAGCGUGGGGAGAGAAGAUGGACCAAAUGAAAAACAUGAGAAACUCGAUAUUUCUUGAUGUUCUCCUGGGGUUUAAUGCCUUCUCCACUGUCAUAAUGGUCUUCAAACGAUUCCCACUGCUCAGGCCGCUUCAGUUCCUUUUCGUUCCUCUUGGCAAACUGAGCGCUCUCUCCACCAUGAAUGCUGUAACGCAGAAAUCUGUGAAGGCGCGUAUUGAGCGGAGAGGUAAUACAGAGCAUCCCGACUACUUCAACUACGUCCUGUCCGAGAAGGACCCGGCGCCCAAGAACCAGCGUGAGCUCACGCACAUUAGCUCGAUCUCAUUCCAGUUGACCUUGGCCAACUACUCUCCAGUUUCGGACUGGUUCUAUAGCACAUUCCUUUUUCUGCUUGAAAAUCCAGAAUGCUACCGAACAUUGACAGAGGAAAUCAGAGGCAGCUUCAACAACUACGACGAUAUCAAGCCGUUUGCCUUGAACGAGCUUCCUUACCUGUAUGCCGUUCUCGAGGAGUCGUUGCGUUGUCUUCAAAGCAACGGCACGGGGCUUCCGCGUAUAAGUCCUGGGGCCCUUGUCGACGGGCAUUAUAUUCCAAAGGGAACACACGUCCAAUACAGCAUCUUCGGCUUUUCCCGGAGCCCGCGCUACUUCCAUGAGCCCCUAAAGUUCCGCCCGCAACGAUGGCUGCAGGCGGAUCACCCCCUGUAUGAUCCUGCCUUUGCGAACGAUCACCUAAAAGCCCUAAUGCCUUUCAGCGCAGGGCCAAGGCAGUGCAUGGGGAAAGAAAUAGCAUGGGUAGAAGCGAAGCUGUUUUUCGCUAAAGUGCUGUGGAUAUUCGACGUCAGCAAGGUGUCAGGACAAAAAUUCGACUUGGAAAGCACCUUGCUUCAAUAUGGCUUCUUGGUCAAGCCCGAUAUGAAAAUCAGGUUCACAUCAGUAGAGAGGAAUGAGGCACACUGAGAGACCACGGCGUGUAUUACUCUGGUCCUUGAAUCGGAACAUCCGGCCUUGGUAGGUAGACAUCGAGUCAGAAAAGACUAGAACAUAAGAGGUUGUCUUGAAACUUAGCGGGUUGUCAGUUAAAUAGACAUUAUUUUUCCAGCUAGGGUGGAUUAUCACCGAAUACGGAGGAUCCGAAACCCAUUCACGGGCACCCGGGAUCGACCGGGCGCUCGCCCGAUUUGCAACACCGAAGACUUUUCCUCUUUUCUGUACCGACGGAGUACUUUACCCUUUCAGCAAGCUUGACAGGGAACGCCGUCGACAGGCCAUUCAUCUCGGACCACGGAGGGUAUGUGGACCUUCCAUCGUCAAAAUAGUUCUUGAC